AUGAAACCACUCGCGCUUUCCAUGACCUGCCUGCGGAAGUGCAUUGCUGAUAGCGCCGUCCCCUUGGGUGCCAUGUGGUUCUACCAGGACGACACGUACGACAUGACGCUGCUGAGGGCUUCUGCGCAUGGUGGGUGUCUUUCCCGCUUCACUGUUCAAGUCGUAUCCGGACACAAUUUUGCGAUUGUCGACUUGCUGCGCACCGUCUGCGAAGAUGAUUCGUACCAGCCCCUCUCGCGACUCUCAGGGACGGAUUUGCAGGUCGUCCUGAACUUUGUGAUUGGGGUUUGCGAAGACACGGACACCGUCACAGGCGCGCUCCUUCACGGCCUCUCCUUUCUUGGGUUUGUUGCUGGGUUUGUGCGCGACGUCAAGGCGCUUUCUCUCUCGCCGGCGUUGCAGCCCGACACGCCGUCCUCUGUCGGCGACGGCGGUGGUGGAGGCCUCCAAGGCGUCUCUCCUUCCUUGCUCCCCAUGCAGCUCCCGCACUACUACGCCCACGCCGGCGCUGGCGGCCGCCUCUCCGGCACGCCGGGGCGCAGCGGCGGCGGUGGAGCCGGCCAUCCACCUUCGCGCAUGACUAGGGAGGCCCGCCUCGCCCUCGCACGCACGCUGGAGCCCAUGACGGACCUGUGGCAGCGCCUCAUCUCCGUCGGCAUGCAUGUCAUUGUGCUGCAGGAUCGGGCGAUGAGUGCGAGCUGCGCCGUCGUGUACCCCAUCAUGGAGGCCUACCCGCCCUUUUGGCAGCGCUUUGUGGACGGCUUCGUGCCGACUUACCCGGAGGCCAAACAGCAGAGGGUCAGGGAGGCACUGUCUACCCUUUUCAACGACUCAGAGUCGUCGGAGAGGUUCUUCUCUGAAGUCUUUACCCUCCGUCAGACCUUGCGGAACUUGUAA